CAACAAAACAAGGUAUCGGUUGUAAAUUUUAUCAUUUAGAUCGAAAUUACCAAUUUUUUGCAGGAGAAACAUUGCAAAAGAGAACAUCAUAACCUCAAGAUUGGAAGGACGCGCACAUUUCGUCUGAUACAAAAUGUCUGGAAUACUUUUCGAAGAUAUCUUCAACGUUAAAGACAUGGAUCCCGAGGGGAAAAAGUUUGAUCGAGUCAGUCGACUGCACUGUGAAUCAGAAUCGUUCAAAAUGGAUCUUAUAUUGGACAUCAAUUCUUGGAUUUAUCCAUUUGAAUUGGGAGACAAAUUUCGGCUGGUUCUAGCGACUACACUGCACGAAGACGGCACUGCUGCAAGCAUGGAGUACAAUGCAGCAGAAAUAGAGGGAUCGCGGGCUGACAGUUUCGAAUACGUAAUGUUCGGGAAAGUAUACAGGAUCGAAGGGGAUGACUCGCAGACGGAAUCCUCCAACAGGUUGUCCGCCUACGUUUCGUUCGGGGGUCUAUUAAUGCGGUUACAAGGAGAUGCCAACAAUCUUCAUGGUUUCGAGAUCGAUCAGUACAUGUUUCUGCUGAUGAAGAAGCUCGCGUUUUAGGUUGCUUUCGUGCCUAUUGUUUUCAUAUGAUUGUGUCGAAUAAACUGUACAUUCUUCUACCUUCAACAUGUAAUAAGGUGUCCAUUAUUGGCGUAAAACCUUCGACAACCGAAUCCAUAAGUAAAUGUUUAGCGCUACACUUGUCAACAUGAGCAGAGCGACCAGUAGCGAAGAAAUUACGCUGUGAAAACAAUUAGAUGGGGACAAUUUAUACAAUGUAGGAAUAGCAAUAGCCUUACCAUAGCCAAGAAACACUUCGAAUUUCGUAGCUUUGAGAAGAAUCCAUCUGAAACUAUGUUGCAGCUUUUCCGUUUGCAAGGCAUACUAUGAAUCAGCGUGAGUGUCUUUUUACAACAACUUCAUCUCGAUUAAAGAAGCGAUCAUCGUCAGCUGCAUUAAACAUGUAACUCGGUACCAUUUAAAU